AAAUAAUACAGUUGUCGGCAAAUAUCAUGGUGCUGCAGAAAAAUAUAGACUAACGAGGUAAACGGAGACGACGGUAGCGGUGGUUAUGGGUGGGCAUAUGGAGUGGGCUGCGUCCGCUAACCACCUGAAAGGAGUGCCCAGAAAAUUAGUGAUCGGUGGUGUUGGUUUGUUUGCAAAAACAGUAGCCACUUUACUCAACCACACCAAUGUUCACAAUUCUCAUACCCUCUUGCGUCUCCUUCGUUCUCGCCCUCCCGGAGUUCCCCUCAUUACUGUCAGCAAUCACAUGUCCACGUUAGAUGAUCCUGUUAUGUGGGGAUUUAAAGGUUUUCCCACAAGUGAUGCAAGUUUAGCACGGUGGGCACUAGCUGCCGAAGACAUAUGUUUCAAAAAUACGGUGCUGUCUUAUUUUUUCAGACUUGGGAAAUGCAUACCCAUAACAAGAGGUGGUGGAAUAUAUCAGGAACAUAUGAAUGAAGCUCUUGAUCGGUUAAGUGAUGGAGAAUGGUUGCAUACAUUUCCGGAGGGGAAAGUAUCUCAAGAAGAUGCACCAAUUAGAAGAUUAAAGUGGGGUACUGCCAGUCUAAUAGCGCGCUCCCCUGUUACUCCUAUAGUUUUGCCAAUCGUUCAUCGUGGUUUUGAGAAGGUAAUGCCUGAGGAUUAUCUUUUUGGGAGAAGACCACCUUUCCCACUUUGUAACAAAAGGGUGGAAAUCAUUGUGGGCGACCCGGUUGAGUUUGACAUUCCCAAUAUGAAAGAGAUGGCUAUCUCCUUGUCUAGAGAUACUUCUUUGCCGCUUAUAGGCUGGCCAUCCACUGCCGAUGGACUUGAUGAGCCGGCACAAAGACAUUUGUACACCACAAUCGCUGAUCAAAUUAGAACAGUCAUGGAGAGAUUAAGAAGUUUGAGUAAAUCUAAUUCCGAAUUGAAGGCUUAAGAUUCGAGUCAGGCUGAUUAUAUUCAGAUAUGGCCAGAUGCAUUAGAGUUUUAGAGAAUAUCCGGCAGCAAAGUACAAAAAAGGGGACGUUUUGCAGUGCCUUAGCUUGUCAUAUCUUAUUUAAGUUUUGGUCAAAAUUUAAAAUUCAAAUAUUAUAAGAAUUUUUCAGAUAUUUCAAAUAUAUAAUUUUCGGAAAAGAGCAAGAGUCUUUAGAGCAUCUCCAAGACUCCAACGGCGUUGGCUAUAAUCGUUGGCUAAAUUGGACCUGUAAGACAUUAUGUAAAAUUUGCUGAACCUGUAAGACAUUUUACUUCAAUGGUACUGGCUAUAUUGGUUGGCUAUAAUUUAAAAAUAGUAUGUUAUUAAUA